ACAACACUCAGCACACUCUGAGAAAUCCAGCCAAGAACACAACAGAGUUUCUGUACUAUUCGCAUAUAUAAUUAAUCAUGGAAUUUGGUGGAAAAAACAGGCAGAAGAAGCCCUUCUUCUGUCAGCUGGCCAGUCUUUUCAAGCGCCGGCAACAUCAUGAAGUGGAAAAUUCCCGGGCGAAGGAGGAGGUGAAAGCGUGUCGUUCCGAUCAAGACAACGGUUGUUUUGGGGUGGCAGACCCUGCAAUUGACAGGGAAGCUUCAGCCUACAUUGACAAAGCUGUCUCUCUCAUUCACCAAGCAUUGGAUGAGGUUACCUUUGAGAAGGUUUCAAAUGCCACCACAGCAAAGCAGUUGUGGGAGAAGCUUCAAGCUGCCUGUAAAGGAAAAGAGAAGGCAAAGAAAGUUUGCCUCCAAAAUUUGAGAGGUGAAUUUGAAGUUGUCCAAAUGAAUGAGACAGAAAAGGUGUCAGAUUAUAUUUCAAGGGUCAUGGGGAUUGCCAGUCAGAUGAGAAGGCUUGAUGAAGAGGUGACUAAUUUAAGGAUUAUUGAAAAAAUUGUUGGAUCAGUCAUAGAGAAAUUUGAUUAUGUGGUGACCGCCAUUGAAGAAUCAAAAGACUUGGAAGGCAUGACUGUUGAGGAGUUAAGUGGUUCACUUGAAGCACAUGAGGAGAAGCUCAAUAGAAGAAAGAAAGAGCCCGUGGAAUUUGGCAACAAUGUGAAAGCCAAUUUCUCUCAAGAUGAAGAUAAAGAAGUUAAUGAAGAGGUGGAGGCAACUCUUUUGUUGGCCUGCGAAGAGAUGAAGAAUGAAGACAAGCACUCUUGGUACCUUGAUACUGGAGCAAGCAACCACAUGUGUAGAAACAAAGAAUUAUUCGUGGAGCUUGAUGAGAAAGUUGGUGGCAACAUCACCUUUGGAGACUCCUCCAAAAUACCAGUGAGGGUAAAGGUAAAAUUCUAAUACGCAUGAAGGAUGGAAAUCAUCAGUUUAUUUCAAAUGUUUAUUAUGCACCAGACAUGAAGAGUAAUAUUUUGAGUGUGGGCCAACUGUUAGAAAAGGGAUAUGCUUUAUUCACAAAAGGUUGCAGUUUGUACUUGAAAGAUUGUGUAGAAAACUUGAUUGCCAAAGUCCCAAUUUCAAAGAAUCGUGUGUUUGCUAUGAACAUACAUACAGAUUUGGUUAAAAGCUUAACGUCUUGUUACAAAGAUUCUUCAUGGCUGUAGCAUUUGAGAUUUGGGCAUAUGAACUUUGGAGGACUUAAAGCUAUGGCUAGCAGAAGAAUGGUGAAAGGCUUGCCCUCAGUGAAUCAAACUGAUCAAUUUUA